GAUGGACUGCUUUUUCUGUCUUAACAUCUUUGUAUGAUUGUACAAGUUGAAGUGAAUUGUGAUUUUAUUAGGGGCUUGGUUGGAUGUUAUUUUCUUUUUAUGUAUUUCCCACUGUUUGAUUGGCCUAUUGAAUUGCUUUCUGCAUCUCCAUUUGUGUUCUUCUGGUAUCCCAUCAAAACUUCUCUUGUGCACAUGGAUCUUCAUUUGUAACUUAAAUUCUGUGGUUCAACUGUGUGCAAGUGUAGCCAUGAUGAACAGCCUGUACUGUUCCUUAACCAUAUGUUACGUGCAGCAUAAGAGGAGAUUUAGGAAGGCUGGAUCCAAUUUGACAUUUUCUAUGUUGAGAAGAGAAUUGCGAGAAGGGAAUUUGCAAGCCCUUCUUGGGGGAUCUUCAUUCCCUCCCCCUUCUUCCAGUGCAGACCCUGAUCCAUUAUUAUCAUCAUUUAUAUUCAAUCAGCCAUCCACUACUGAGCCUGUAAAUGUGCAGCCUCUGUCUAUGGCUGAAGGAAGCUCUGUAACUGAAAGCUCAAAUAAGGAGUUGCCUCAGAGGCAUUCCCAACGGUCACAGUUGUCAGACAAGGACCAUAAAGAGAAGGCUCUGAGAAGCGAGUAUGUUCAAGGACUGUUGCUAUCAACAAUUCUUGAUGAUGAAUUAUAAGUUAAUGGAAUAUUUGUAGUGGAUGUGGCCAAGUUAGGUGUGAGUAAAAUAUGAAGAGGGAAGCAAUGUUUUCUUCAGCUCACAACUGAUAAUAAUUAGGUCAGAGGACCUCUAUUCGCCUAUAUUGUAUUUAUACUUUCAUAGCUUUUGUGCAUAAUGGAAAGAUGGAAGGACUUAUCCUACCUUUCUGUUGGCUUCUCUGCUUAAUCUAUUACACGUUUUUACACUUCAUACAAUAUUAAAGUUGCAGGAAUUAU